CUUUACUCAUUCUGUUCAAUUCUUAUCUCUUCUACUCGUCUUUCCUGCAAUGAUGGGCAGAGAACAUGAAGGAACUUCUGUGAACAAUGAGAGUACGAAAAAUCUUCCAGUUCCACCAGGUUUUGCCUCUCAUACAUCGUUUAGACUGAAGAGGAUUAGAAAAGAAACUGAGAAUUCCGAGGACUACUUGGAUGUGACAAAACAACGCCUGAUGCAGUUAGACACCAUGUUUGGGAUGACGGACAAGGCUUUGUUGAAAAGAUAUCUGCGUCAUAGACCGUGGAUAUCCGAUUCGGCGAAUUAUGAGUCGGAGAAAUUUGAGUUCAAACAGUUUGAUAAGGAUAAGCCUUCGAAGACUACCCUUCCAAAAGGUGUUAUCCGUGGAUGUCCAGAUUGCAGUAAUUCUCUCAAGGUAACUGCAAGGUGGCGUCCCAAGGAUGCAAGAACUGACACCCUUGAAGAGGCUCCUGUUUUCCACCCAACAGAAGAGGAAUUUAAGGACACUCUCAAGUACAUUGCAAAGAUACGUCCAAGCGCAGAGCAGUAUGGAAUAUGCCGUAUUGUUCCUCCUCCUUCUUGGAAUCCUCCAUGUGUUAUCAAGGAAAAGAACAUAUGGGAAAGUUCUACGUUUGUUACCCAUCUUCAACGGAUUGAUGGGCUUCAAGUUUCAUCUUCACGAAGUAAAACAACAAGUUUUAUUGAAGAUAUGCAGAGUAAAAGAAGAAGAACCUUGGGAAUAGGUUUGGAUUAUGGUAACGCACUCACGGAAAUUCAUCUUGGAACUGGAUGUUUUGAUAAUGGUCAACGCUUUGAAUCAGUGUGUGGUCCAGAAUUUACUGCAGAAACCUUUAAGAGAUACGCAGAUGAUUUCAAGGGUAAGUAUUUCGGCAAAAAUAAAGCCACAGAUUCUAAUGGUUGUUCUGCUGUGCUUAAGGAGCAAUGGGAGCCUUCAUUGGAAAAUAUUGAAGGUGAGUAUAAACGCAUUGUUGACAACCCAACUGAAGAAAUUGAGGUUCUUUGUUGUGAUAAUUUGGAGGCAGGAGUUUUCGGCAGUGGAUUUCCAAUGGUAUCCAAUCUUUUGACAUCAUCUGAUGAUCCUGAAAUUGUAAAUUCAGGCUGGAACUUGAAUAAUGUAUCCUUAUUACGCGGUUCUCUUCUUUCUUUAGAAAAUAGUGAAACUUCCUAUAUAUUAGCGCCUCGGGUCCGGAUGGGAAUGUGCUUUUCAUCUCUUUGUUGGAGAGUUGAAGAACACCUCUUGUAUUCAUUGUGUUACUUGCACCUUGGUGCCCCUAAAAUAUGGUAUGGGAUUCCCGGUGGAUACAGUCUUAAGUUUCAGACGGCUUUGAAGAAUUUGUCUGAUGAGCUAUGUGAAGAGCAACCUGAUUUGCAUCACAGGCAGGUCAAAGAAUUAUCCCCCUCUUCGUUGAGUUCAGAGGGGAUACCUGUCUUCCGCUGCAUUCAGAAUCCGAGAGAAUUUGUUCUCAUCUUCCCGGGGGCAUACCAUUCAGGAUUUGAUUGUGGUUUUAAUUGCUCUGAGACGGCAAAUUUAGCGCCCUUUGAUUGGUUGCCUCAUGGGCGUAAUGCUGUAGAACUUUACCAAGAGUUAGGAAGGAAGACGUCUUUAUCCCAUGAUAAGCUUUUGCUUCGAUCUGCUUCUGAAGCUGUAAGGGCGCAGUGGGAUUCCUCAUUUGCAAAGAAAACCUCUGACAAUCAACUUUGGAAAGGGGCCUGUGGAAAGGAAGGAAUCCUGACAAAGGCAUUCAAGUCACGUUUGAAGAGUGAGGACAUCGCGAGAAAAUAUCUGUGCAACUCUUUGCAGACACGUAGGAUGGAUGAAGAGUUUGAUGCUACCAGGAAAAGGGAAUGCAAGAUUUGUUGUUAUGAUCUUCAUUUUUCUGCAGUAGGUUGUCCUUGCUCCGCAGACACGUAUUCAUGUCUACAUCAUGCAAAGCAGCUAUGCACUUAUUGUGCUUGGACUGAUAAAUUUUUCCUCAUCCGACACAAUAUUAGCGAGCUAAACAUGCUUGUUGAAGCUUUGGAAGGAAAAUUCAGUUCAGUCUACAAAUGGGCUAAAGAUAAACUUGGACUGUCUUUGAACUCCUAUACCGCCCAAAAAGGUUUACAAGCAUCAAGCCAAGUACAAUCUUCAACCUCUCAUACGGAUAAAAACACUACGAAAUCGCAAGAGAGCGCAACAACAUCUGUAAAUGCUGCAAGGUCUAGCAGCAGGGAAGAGAUCAAAGCACUUAUAAGCAAGUUCAAAGCAAAAGAGAAUGCAACAAAAUCCCUUAAUGCUGCAUCACCCGAUGGUAAUAGAACGAAAUUUUCUUCUUGCAGUAAUGCAGAUAUGAAGUCGCAUGCGGCGGACUCAACAGUCUCAAACAAGCCGGAAGAAAAACACGAGGAGGCAGCACCAUCUGCCAUCUCAAGCAUGGACAAAGUCCGUUCUUUUCUACAAGAGGGGACAUCUGAAGUUUCAUCUGGAAGUUCGAGUGAAACAAAUUCAGAAGAAUCCGACGGGUAGUCAGAUCUUAGCUUUAAGCGUUAGAUUCAUUUAGGCUUACUAACUGGCAUUCAUCUGUCCAUUGUUCAUAAAGGAUUUACAUUUUUGCAAGCUUUCAAGUAGCUGAUUUGAGCAUGUGAAGCCCACUGCUCAAGGUUCUAAAGACUACCAUCAUGUUCUCUUAUCAUUAUGAUUUUUUUUUCCUCC